AGGAAAGCACUUUGCUGCCAGAAAACUCGAUGCAGGCACCGAGCCCGAGAGAUGGCCGAGGAACAGCAGCAGCGCUGGGACACGGCCGAUUUAAAAAAAUGGACAGGUAGGAUCGGAGGUGCUGCGGCCAAAACGCCACCUUUCUACAGCAACCAGGAGAACUGUGCAGGAGACGCAUUCCCGUGCUCCUACGGCAUAUUUGUUUCCAAAGCCCCUCGGCUCCACCUGGCUCUUCCUGCCUUCCCCAGAGCCUCAGGCCCGGAGGGGACGUGUUGCAAAAUUUUUCUUGCGUACAAACGCGCAAGAGGCAGGAAGGGCAAAGUCCUACAGAGGUGCGUGUGGGAGGGUGCAGGCCGGACUCCCGAGGGCGGCAGGGAGCCUUACUCCUCCUCAUCUCGGCCCGAAAAGGAGGGCACGGGAGCGCACCGCGCCGAAGGAAGCGGCAGCCGCGGCUCGCCCGCCCCGGCCCCGUUUCCGCCGCGCCGCGGGCACUGCGCAGGCCCGGCCGCAUGGCCGAGGGCGAGGAGGAGGAGGGCGGCGGAGGCCGCGGGGCCGCGCCGGGCCCGGCCGCGCCCGCCCGCUUCGUGCGGAGCCUCUACGCCGUGGGAUUCCUGGACUUAUUUGGGGUGAGCAUGGUUGUUCCUUUAAUGAAUCUUCAUAUCAAAUCUCUAGGAGCAAGUCAUACAGUUGCUGGAAUCAUAGGAUCUCUCUAUGGUGUAAUGCAGCUAUUUUCCAGCACAUUUGUGGGCUGCUGGAGUGACAUAGUAGGAAGACGGUAUUCCCUGCUUGCUUGUAUUCUUCUCAGUGCACUGGGUUACUUCCUUCUUGGAAAUUCCACCACAGUGUUCCUGUUUGCUCUUUCUAGAGUCCCUGUAGGCAUUUUCAAACACACACUUUCCAUCUCUAAAGCCCUGCUGUCUGACCUGGUUUUGGAGAGGGAUCGCCCUUUAGUAAUGGGGCGCUUCAAUGCAGCCUCCAGCGUGGGCUUCAUUCUGGGGCCUGUUGUUGGUGGCUACCUUGCAGAGUUUGAAGGUGGCUUUUACCAAACAUCCUUCAUCUGUGCCUCUAUCUUCCUUCUGAAUGGUGGUCUUGUCUGGAUGUUACCCUGGAAUGAAGAAAACACUGGCAGCAGGGACCAUUACCAAGACAAAGGAACAAACAAUUGCUCGGCAAAAUCAAAUCAUGACCUUCACUUGAAAUCAGCAAGUAGUAGAUCUGUGACAAACAGUAAUUUAUUCCAGUCUCCAUGGACCCAAGUUGCAACAGUGCUGAAGAAGAUUAAAGGAAUUGCGUGCUCUAAUUUGUGGGAUGUAUUCUUAGUGCGGUUCCUGAUGUCUGUUGCUAUACUGCUGUACUACAGUAAUUUUACUCUGGCCUUGGAGGAGAGAUUUGAGGUGAAACCCUUGUUUGCUGGAUACCUCAUGAGCUAUAGCAGUGCACUGGGAGUCCUGGCUGGUUGUCUGCUCGGACCAAUAACGAGACUCUAUGGGCACAACACUUACAGACUUCUGUUGCACUCCAGCACUUUUACCUGCACGCUGAUUCUCCUGUAUGCCUCAGCACCCAGCAUAUGGAUGGUCAUUUUGUCCUCCACGUUCUUGGCCUUCUCCACUACCAUAGGCCGUACGUGUAUCCUUGAUCUGGAGCUGACUGUUGGUGGGAGCGAGGCCAGCGGCACGCUCCUAGGAGUUGGACAGUCGGUGACAUCAGUGGGACGUAUUAUUGCCCCUCUCCUCUCUGGAAUUGCUCAGGAGUUCAGUCCUUGCGGCCCUCCAAGUCUAGCUGUGGGACUAGCACUGCUUGCUAUUGUGAUAAUGAAUGCAAACAAACAAAAAUACCACAGUCAUGGAAGUGGGAAGUUAAAAAAUCAGUAGUCACAAUUUUGGAUUGCAGAUGUAUCUUCACCUGCCAGGCUUGUACAGUAAUUAUGUGAUUUUUAAAGAGAACACAUUCUGUUCCCGUGGAAGCAAAUAUAUAUAUGUAUUUCUGCUGCAGGGAUGUUAAGUCUAGACAGAUGUUAUUCUAACAGGUACCACUAGGACAUUUCUAAGAGCAGCAGAUGUUCCUGUAUUGCAAUGGCUGUGAUUUUUUAAAUGGAUUUUCGAACUUUUUGGAGGGGAAAAAAAGAAUUGGGAAACGCACAAAUCCUGCUUGUAGCUCAUUUUUGAAACCGUGUUUAGACUGAAAGAUUGUUAAAAAAGGAUGAAUGAAAGGUGAAUUUUUGUUAUUUAAUCAGAAAGAGAGUUUGCAAUAUGUUUGACCUUAAUUUCUUAUGUUAUGGUCUGUUUCCUUUUGUCUGUUAUGACAGUAGCUUAUAUAACAGGAUGUUUGCUUAUGUGGUUUUUGUGCAGCAUAUUUUGUCCACAAAACUUUCUGCAUACCAUGGUUAGGUACUUUGGGAUAAUCACGCAGCCCCUGCUGAUUCCUGGUCAUUACCAACUAACAGAAUUGGGUAUAUGCUAACUUCAUGCUGGAAGACCUAAUCUUAGAAUCUAAUACAAGGCCCUUCAGACUGAAACUGAAGCUAAAUUUAAGUUGUAUUGAAAUUUGAACUGGUGGCUUCUGUUUAGUAAUAACUUCUGCUGAGGAACUUUGUCAUAAUUUCUUUAUUUAUAUUUCCUGUGCAAUAUUUCUACCUUCAUUUUAAGAAUAAAUUUCCUUCUUAAUUCUCUCAAGUUGCUGUAAAGGUGUGAGCAUCUAGCAGCAGUUCAUGGAUCUGUAUUAAUGCAUCCUGUCUCAUCUCAGGCAUAAGUGACAUUUCAGUGACAAGAGAAAUAUGGUUUUGUUGGUAUUUUAGUCCCCAUUUGUGUGCAUGGCUUAACUAAAGAGAGGUUACUCUCAGAGCUGUACAGAGUUGGAGCACUGCUGUGCUAUUUACUGUUCAAGCUCAUUACAUGCCAGUCACCAUUAUUUGUAUUUCAUAUGAAACAUGGAAAAAAUCAUUUUGCUCUGAUAAUGUUCUCUCUGAUCUUCGUUAUAUUACUUGAUGAAAGUACAAGGUCAACUAUGUAAGUGUUUGGCUGGGGGGGGGUUGUGCAAUUUAGUCCCUGAACACAUCAGUGCAAACACUCUUCCUGCUUCAGGUGAGUCAUGGAUGGUGCUUGCAUUUUUUAUUUUCAUCUUCUUCUUUACCUUUUCCUCUGCCUACUAGCAUUCAAAUAUUUUUGAAACCUCAGUGAUUCCAGUGGCUGAACCAUAGGAAUGCAUAUAUGGAACUCUGAAUUGUUUUAAUUUUAUUUAUUGACAUAAUCAGUGUCUUAUUCCUACUGUGAUUUCAGUGCAUAUCCUCAGAGUUCUUUAUUGCAGUAAUAUAUGUUUCAUUUCUCCCAGGGAACUUGAGGCAUGUUCAAGUCUCUUAUCUUCUCUUGCCUUUCUUGGUAGAUGCCCAAAACAUUACUAUUCUAUAUUUCUUAUUUUUUUUUUCUUUCCAUCUUUAAAGUUGGUUUCUUUUUUUAAAUUUACCUAAAACCACCCUUCUGUAAGUAGGGGAAUUCUCUUACACAUCUCUAACAAGGGGUUAAGGAAAAGGGUUGGAAAGAAGCUUCAAAAAUUAAUAUAUAUUAAUGAUUUAGUAAUUUUUCUAAUACUUGUUGAUUAUAUGACAUAAGAUUUACCCUUCUAAAUUGCUGCAUUGAUUUAAUCUGACUUCUGUGUAUAUCUGUCUUAAUACAUAUGCUACUGAAUAUUGGUUAUUGAAGCUUCACAGUCUCACAAUCUGUGGAAGCCUGUGGUCUUGGGGAUGUUGCAACAUAUUUUACAGAAGUUUUUUACUUGUAGGCCAAAAUGAUUCCUGAAGAAUCACAGGAACAUUUCUUUUCUAUACAGGUACAGAAAAAUUGCACUGUAUGUUUUUUUUCUUUAAGGACUAGAAAUAAAAUGAAGUGACAUUCCAUAUGUA